AUGUACGUCCAGUUACCCUUUGACGAGCUCAAAGUGGACCCUACCAAAAAGAAGCGUGUGGCGUACUUCUACGACGCCGAUGUGGGAAACUACGCCUACGGUGCUGGUCAUCCAAUGAAGCCCCACCGUAUAAGAAUGGCUCACUCACUUAUCAUGAACUACGGUCUCUACAAAAAAAUGGAAAUUUACAGGGCCAAACCAGCCACCAAGCAGGAGAUGUGCCAGUUCCACACAGAUGAAUACAUCGACUUUUUGAGUAGAGUGCUGCCGGACAACUUGGACAUGUUUGCCAAAGAGCAGAUAAAGUUCAAUGUUGGAGAUGACUGCCCAGUUUUCGACGGACUUUUCGAGUACUGUGGAAUCUCAGGUGGAGGAUCCAUGGAAGGUGCUGCCCGUUUGAACCGUGGCAAGUGUGAUAUAGCCAUCAACUAUGCUGGAGGCUUGCACCACGCUAAAAAAUCCGAGGCGUCCGGUUUCUGCUACUUGAAUGAUAUCGUGUUGGGAAUCAUAGAGUUGUUAAGAUAUCACCCACGUGUGUUGUACAUAGAUAUCGAUGUGCACCAUGGAGAUGGUGUCGAGGAGGCUUUCUACACCACCGAUAGAGUCAUGACCUGCUCAUUCCACAAGUACGGAGAGUUUUUCCCCGGAACUGGUGAAUUAAGAGAUAUUGGUGUUGGCAAGGGUAAACACUAUGCGGUGAAUGUGCCAUUGCGUGACGGUAUUGACGAUCUGACUUACAAGUCUAUAUUCGAGCCCGUAAUCUCGAAAAUUAUGGAAUGGUACCAGCCCUCGGCCAUUGUUUUGCAGUGUGGAGGAGAUUCGUUGAGUGGAGACCGUUUGGGGUGCUUUAACUUGCUGAUGCGUGGUCACGCAAAUUGUAUCAACUUUGUCAAGUCAUUUGGCGUUCCGUUGAUGGUUGUAGGAGGUGGAGGAUACACAAUGAGAAACGUUGCUAGAACGUGGGCCUUCGAGUCGGGCUUGCUUAAUGAAGUUUCAUUGCCCAACGAGUUGCCUUACAAUGAGUACUAUGAGUACUAUGGGCCAGAUUACAAGCUUGACGUUCGUCCUUCCAACAUGUACAAUGCCAACGCCCCCGAAUUCUUGAAUAAAAUCUUGACAAACAUCAUUGCCAACUUGGAAAAUACCAAGCAUGCGCCUUCUGUGCAGAUGAAUGACGUUCCUCGUGAUGCAGAAGAUUUGGGAGACGAAGAAGAGGACACAGCUAUGGCCAUAGAUACCAAGGGAGGAUCUCAGCAGGCGCGCGAUGAGCAUGUUGUUCCAGAGAACGAGUUUUACGACGAUGAGGACAAGGACCAAGGAGAGAAGCAUAUCGGCCUUGCUGAGAAUGGCAGCUCAAACGGAAUCAAGGAUGCAGAGACCAAAACAACUGAGACCAAAGAUUCAGAGACCACUAAAAAUGGCCAGGAGUUGACCGAGGAAGAGAUGAAGGAGAUUAACGAGCUCAACGAGGCUUCGUAG